CACUCACACACACACGGCGGUCAGACUGAAGCCCAUUUCUACUUGAGAUUUCUUUACAAGUUUUUUUUUUGGAGACUUGAUUUUGCGCCAUGGCUCAAGUUAACCGGCGCAUCGCGGCUUCCCUGCAGCAGCUGGUCCUGGUGCUGUGCUUUAUAUCAGCUACCGCUGCCGUAGACCCUAUUGUUUUUAGCACUACAGAAACAACCACCACGACCACUUAUGUCACGACAACAUCUGAAGAACAUUCUUCUACCACAGUCACAACAGCUCCUCCUAUGACAGAAACAGAUACUUCAACAAAACAACUCCUUGAGCCGACUUCCACAAAAAGCAGCACGGCUUCCACCUCAGAAACAAAAACUGAGAUGUCUAGCACAGCCACCUCAGAAUCUCCUGUAACACCUGUAACAGGCUCAUCUUUAUCUACCUCCAAGGAUUCCACCACUACAGAAAAAACCAUGGGUUCUGGUGACACCACAGAGCAUAAAUCUACAACUACUUCUAUUGACCUCCGAUCUACUCCUGUUGACUCUGGCAGCACUUCUGUUACACCAUUGUCCCAUCCAAGCACCACUGAAGUGACCACCGAUUCCAGCAAAAUGCCAACUUUCACCACAGAUCGUACCGCUGCCGCUUCGGAAACCGCAACACAAGUCACUACUACGCCAGCACAUCGAAGUGCUUCAACAGAACAAUCGUUGAUCACUGACACACCACGUGACAUGAUCACCACUGCAGAUUCCACAUCUACUAGCACUACAGUUGCACCUGUAACAACAGGCAAUGCCUCAGCUGACAUUUCAUUUGCAACAAAAACGCUGAUCAGUACUACAACAGAUUUUUUUAAUUCGACGCUGACGGAAAAUAGCACUACUACACCAACACACAUUACACCUAUAUCAAAUGCCACCACUACACCCUCAAAUGACACAACAACUACACCUAUCACCACUACACCCACAAAUGUCACAAACAGCACCACUACACCCACACCAGAAAUCACCUCUAUGACUAUAGAUGCCACCAAUACAUCCACAACCGUCACCACUACACCCAUGCCAGAUAUCACCUCCACCUCUUUAACUACAAACGACACUACUACACCCACAGCUGCCAACAAUACAUUUGCACCACACGACACCACUACACUCGCACCAAACGGCACCACUACACUUGCACCAAACGACACCACUACACUCGCACCAAACGACACCACUACACUCGCACCAAACGACACCACUACAAUCGCACCUAAUGACACCACUACAAUCGCACCAAAAGACCCCACUACACUUGCACCAAACGACACCACUACAAUCGCACCAAACGUCACCACUACAUUUGCACCAAACGACACCUCUACACUCGUACCAAACGACACCACUACAACCGCACCAAACGACACCACUACACUCGCACCAAACGACACCACCACACUCGCACAAAACGACACCACUACACUCGCACCAAACGACACCACUACACUCGCACAAAACGACACCACUACAAUCGCACCAAACGUCACCACUACAUUCGCACCAAACGACACCACUACACUCGCACCAAACGACACCACUACAAUCGCACCAAACGUUACCACUACAUUCGCACCAAACGACACCACUACACUUGCACCAAACGUCACCACUACAUUCGCACCAAACGAAACCACUACACUUGCACCAAAUGUCACCACUACACUCGCACCAAACGUCAGCACUACACUCGCACCAAAUGUCACCACUACACUUGCACCAAAUGUCAGCACUACACUCGCACCAAACGUCAGCACUACAUUCGCACCAAACAUCACCACCACACUCGCACCAAACGUCAGCACUACAUUCGCACCAAAUGUCAGCACUACACUCGAACCAAACGCCACCACCACACUCGCACCAAACGUUAGCACUACACUUGCACCAAACGUCAGCACUACACUCGAACCAAACGUCACCACCACACUCGCACCAAACGUCAGCACUACAUUCGCACCAAAUGUCAGCACUACACUCGAACCAAACGUCACCACCACACUCGCACCAAACGUCACCACUACACCCUCAAACAACACCACUACAUCUACUACAACUACGCCACCAGUUACCUGUCCAGCCAGGCCGUGUCCACCUUCCUUUGUGUGUAUAAACUCCACCUGUCAGUGUCCGCUGGGAACGUACCUCAGCCAAGACCUGUGUAUUGACGGAAAAGUGUUUCCAGGAUCGCUGCAUUUAUUAAAUUUUAAUUUUACUCCCAGCUUGAGUGAUCCUAAGUCUAAGGAAUUUCACACGACGGCCGCUGAGAUUGUUAAAUUGCUAAAAAACGCUUUAAGUAGUGAAAAGGGCUACGUAAGUUCUACAGUUCUGAGUCUAAGAGAAGGCAGUGUGGUGGCUGAAGUGAACAAUGUGUUUAGCCUAUUGUCUCCCGUCACAGAGACGAGCAUUAACAGUGCCAUAAAGAGCAGCAUUCCCAAUGCCACUUAUACCUCUACGAAUCUUUGUGCCCAGGGGCCAUGUGACGCCAGCAGCACAACUUGUAAAGUAACAGACGGGGUUGUGGCGUGUUCCUGCAACUCAGGCUAUAUAUCAAAUAGCCUUAGUCCAAAAAUCUGUACAGCUUGCCCCAGUGGUCAGACAGCAAAUGAAAACACUUGUGUGCCGUGUCCGUUCGGUUAUUCCGGCUUCAACUGUAAUGACUCUUCGCUGUUGGCACUGGUGGUGGUCGCUGUGGUUUUAGGUGCGAUUCUGCUCAUCCUGAUUUUGGCUCUGAUCAUCUACUGUGCGCUCCACAGGAGAAAGCACGUCCAGUAUACCAACAGCCCGUACUCCACAGAUGACUUCCAGGCUUGGCCGACCCACAACAUCACUCCCAUCCCUCGUGCAACUAUUGGAAACAAUGCUAACUCUGAGCCCUAUGCUACGGUGGUGCCCGUGCCAGAGAAAAGAAAACCCAGCAACGGACUGAUGGGCUCCUAUGACCUCAUGCCAUUAGAUGAUAUGAGAACAUUUAAGGGCAAAAACCCUUCGCGCUAUUCUUACUUGGUUGAGGGCCAGGAAAACCCCUACUUCAGUUCAGAUGAACAACCGACGCCACCCUGAAUGGAGAGAAGAGGAGAUGAGAGGGGAUUGGUUAAUAACUAGGAUACUUAUGAAAUUUUGAAGGAGAUGAUGAAGAGGGGUGUAGGUUUAUCUAAGAAAUCCAAAUAAGACCUUUUGGAGGCUUUCUCACUAUGUUUUGUUGUCACAUUUUGUUUCCUCCUCCUAGUCUUAAUUUUUUUUUGUAAAACUGUUAAAUGUCUUUGUAACAUAUUGUUUUGAACCCUUUAACACAUUGCCAGCGUUGACCUUACAGCUGCUUUCUGAAAGUUUUGACACUUACAUUAUGUUCACUACUUACCAAUCAAUAUCUCUUUAACGCAGGUCGUAUCUUUAUAUUUAAUUAAUUGAUACACUACACAGCCAAAAGUAUGUACACCUGUCCAUAACACCCAAAAUAUCAUAUCUAUAUAU